CCCCCACCACUCACACAUGUUGCAACAUGAACAUAUGAGAGGCCUGAUAGGAGUCUCUAUCAACCAUGUCACUUCCCCUGUUCCCUGGCUCAGCAAUGAGGAACAACUAGGGUCUGUAUUUAGCCCUGCUGCUUGUGUUGGAAUGGGGAUGUGUGACAGGACGGCUAUGAUUGUGCAUAUGAGGUUGGAGAUCAGUGUCAGUUUCCAACAAGGGCUCUAUAUUUAGCCGCUGAGGGGACUGGGUGACCCAGUCUUGCCGCAACACACACACACACUCCUCUGGACCCCGACGCUACUUCACCUGCUGGCUGUGUAUUUUCUUUCAGUGUAUAUGUUUACCACCUGUGUUUCUCAAUGAAGAGGAGCAUCCCGGAGCCACUGUGACAGCUUGAUGUGACUUAGAGAAUGGUUUUGCUGCUUGGCAAUGCAGCUGUCAUCUGCGGCCUACUGAGAAUACAGCUUGGUGAUUAGUGAAGUGGCUGUCAGAGGUGGCCAUGUGUCAGUCUGAAGUGCCAGAGGCCAGGCUUGGCCUGAACAGUCCUGACCCACUGGUGAGAGAGGCUUUCCUGAUGGCUCAUGACUACAUAGACUAUGUAACCACAGGGGGGGCAGAUGGCACCAUGGGUCCAGCCCCUACAGCCUGCACUGCAGCCCUGCGCCACGCAGGCGACGAACUCCUCAUUCGCUUCCCCAUCUUCUUCAGGCGCUGGCCUCGUGUCUUCCAGGAUGUGACGGAGAACACAGCGUGCCCCAUGCUCAUGAGCCUCCUGGAUGAACACUUCUUCCCCCCCAUCACAGGGGGGCGGCGCAGGGACCUGGCCUGGAGUGCCGUGCUGUCAGUGUAUGUCCUGGCUGGCCAGAUGGCCCUGCACUGCCAUGAGAGGGGCAUGGUUGCAGUCCUGCCCCGGUUGAAGGAGUGUGUGGGGGCAUAUGUGGAGAGGGUCAUCUGCCCUGAGAUACAAGACAAGGGAGGAUGGGGUGGUUUUGUGUCACGCUUUGGAGAGAAGCAGAACCUGGAGGGCCAGGUGAAGAAAGUGUGCUGUUGGACACUGGUAGCAUUGGCCAUAAGCAUCCUCACCUACUGCCUGUGGAAAAGAAUGGCUUAGCCAACACUGCCAUCUAGUGGCCAGAACCAGAAACUCUCCAAACAGCUGCUCUAAUAUCAGUGUCUACUGAGAUUUUAUAGGCCUGCUGUAUCAUUAAAAUCUGUAUAAACCAUGGAUGUAUUCCACUAUAUAUAGAUACACAAACACACUAAUAUGUCAGUCAAUACUCCAUACCCUGCUGUAAAUAUAAUUUGUAGCAUGUAGCUAAUGUUGUGCCAGAUAUACAAACCUGUGCUGUAAGGAGCAUUUAAGCCAUUCAAUCAAUCACAUGCUGAAGAGAAGUGAGCUAACAAUGUUUGUGCAGCAGUAUAUGUACUUUGAUCUGGUAUUAUAAAUUAAAUCUGUUCUGAGCUCCAUGUCAGCUGUGUACAAAGUCUACCAUGUACUCAGGAUUACAGUGCUGCGGUGUCACCAGGCUGAAAUCCUCAAGUAUGAUUGCCAUUAGGCCAAGUAUGUUUUCCUCAGACUAAUAAGGAAGUAAAUUAAAGUAUCAAGUAAGACCCAAGUACACUGGAGUUCAAGCCUACUUGAAGCUAAUUGUUUUCUCAUCUACAGUUAGAACUAAUGGCAGGAAAUUUGUAGCAUUUCUGUAAAUAAAUCAGUAAUGCACCUACACUUUAUGU